CGUAAAAAGAGGGCACAACAAAAUGGUGGCAGCGUGAGGGAUCCAGUGGCAGGAAGACGGGAACGGCAGCUGAAACAGAAAAAUAAGUGAAUCAGUGAGGCAGUGCAACAUCCUCAACGGAGACACAGGCAGCCAGAUUCAAAAACGGCGGACAACACGGUAGCGGCCGACGAGGGACAAGCGAGCAGCGUAACCCGAGAAGGCGCCGACCUACCUCAACGGAGGCUCACCGACAGAUAAGGCGGCACGAGCAUCCACUAGCAAUAUGCGACUAGCAACCGUAAUGACGCUGAUCGUCGUCCAGCACUUCGCGAAAAAAGCGAAACCUGAGACAGCACCAUCGUACGAGAUACGACAAUUCAGCAGCGAGCCGGGAAUAUACUUUGAGAGGACCGGACAAUUGCAACAGGUAGAAGCUACUUGGAAACUAGCGAUUAAAAUCGACGUAGCAGCCCUAGGAAACCGAUAUCACCAACUUCAGGAAUUUCUACAGCAAGCCGAAGAAGUAUGCGAAACGAUAAUCGCAAAGGACACGCAGCAGACGUGCAAAAACAUUCUCCAUAUAAUAGAGAAAAAUAACAAAAAAUUAACGCAAUUAUUAACGCGAUUACAGACUAUAUAUAAAACAACUAAUAAUAAGCGAGGGUUAAUAGACGCGAUCGGCACGAUCAGCAAAACGCUGUUCGGCACUAUGGAUGCCGACGACGCAAAACACAUACAGGAGCAGCUUGAACUGAUACAAAAUCAGCAACAGAUUCUACGGCACACCGCUAAAAGUCAAUUAAAGGUGAUGAAUGCCACGAUAGGCCACAUGGAGGCCUUAGAAAAAUCGUUAUACCACAACGAACAACUGAUGGCGAACGUCACGAGACGGAUACAGCUGGAAACAGCACUGUACGCCAAAAGAGAAGAAAUAGACGAACAGCUUUUAAUACUAACCACAAUUACAGAGGACCUAAUGGAAGACGUAAAAGACACAAUAGACUACCUCACAUAUUCGCGGGAAGGAGUAAUACUCACCCGCCUAUUGCCAAUAGAAGAAAUAAUAAUCGAACUACAAGAAGCAACGUCACAAUUGACGCAGGGAUCCCACUUUCCGUUUAAAACUAGAGUAGAAAAUUGGAACGAGAUACAAAACUAUGUAAAAAUUAACGCAUAUUAUGAUAAACCGAACAUUUAUACGAUAAUCAAAUUUCCCGUGGUAGCAUACCCCGUGUAUGACAUAAUAAAAACAACACCAUUACCUGUCCCUAACCACGCGAAUAUUUUCACAUUCCUAAGAAUUACUCACAACAUAUUAGCAAUAGACAAAGAGAAUCAUAAUUACAUAACGCUAGAGGAACGCGAUUUAAACGACUGUAAACGAAACGGAGCAGAGUACAUAUGUGACCGAAACCGCCCGAUAUAUUUUGUGGGGGCCAACGCACCCUGCAAAGUGCAAGUUUAUGUGGGGACGCCGGGAUAUGUAAACGCCUGCGAGAGGCGGCAAAUGGUGUCAGACGUAACUUUGUGGGUAGCGUUGAGCGAACCACAGGCGUGGUUGUUCUCAGCGCCGAGAAAACAAAAGAUAGCGAUCCAAUGUAACGAUCAGGCGGAACAAAAGGUAGAAAUCGAACGAACAGGAAAACUAAGUAUAAACGAAAAUUGUAAACUAACCACACCCGACAUUAUUAUAAAAACAAAAAGACAAACGACUAUGAGACAAAUAGAAAUGCACCUAGCAGAUUUUAACCUAACGCUAACAAACAUAAAUAAAAAUAUUAACGAACAAGCGAAGAAAGAAAUUAGAUUAGAACCUGUAAUUAGGAAUCCGAACGAAUUAAUGGAGUUAAGUCUAGAAAUAAGCGAUAUGAAUAAAGAAUUGGAAAAAUCCCAAGACACCCUAAUAAAAAAUCCCUACGUCACAUAUCCCGUAGGAUCGACACUUACGUUAAUAAUUAUAUUAAGCAUAGUAGGAAUAAUCAUCUAUGUAAUAAAAAGACAUAAGAAGCGAGCAAGCGCCCGACCGCACGGACAGGGCGACUCAGCGAUACUAUACUAACAAAUAAGAAGAAUGUAAUCUCAGAAACAAAUAAAGAAAAUAAAUCACCCUAAUAGAAAUAGAAAUAGGAUAAGCAGCGAAAAAACUGUAACGAAAACUACAGACCGUAGUUUCCUUCUCUCAAAGGGGGAGGGAUGUUGCGGCCCCAAUUAAAAUGUUAUAAUAAAAUAAGAAUAGCGUUAAG